UGGUCUUGCUGCAAUCUUGAACGGCGGUGACUGAUGAGUGCAGCGCUGAGUGGAGUCGCUUGGCUCUUUCUUUAACGUAGAUAUUUUAUCAGUUUUAUUCGGUGUUUCACGGAACAUUUUCUCCAGAGGUGAAGCGUUACACGUUUGUCGAAGAUGUCUGUGGCCGGGCUGAAGAAACAGUUCCAUAAAGCCAGUCAGCUACUCAGUGAAAAGAUCAGCGGGGCAGAGGGAACAAAGCUGGAUGAAGACUUCAUGGAGAUGGAGAGGAAAAUUGAGGUGACCAACAAGUCGGUGUUUGAGCUCUUGUCCAAAACAACAGAAUACCUCCAGCCUAACCCAGCCUCUCGAGCCAAACUGAACAUGCUGAACACAGUGUCUAAGAUCCGAGGGCAGGUGAAGACCACUGGCUACCCUCAGACCGAAGGCCUGCUGGGAGACUGCAUGCUGCGCUACGGACAUGAACUGGGAGAGGAGUCAGUCUUUGGCUGUUCUCUGGUGGAUAUGGGUGAGGCCAUGAGGCAGAUGGCAGACGUGAAGGACUCCCUCGAUAUAAACGUCAAACAAAAUUUUAUUGACCCCCUGCAGAAUCUACAGGACAAGGACCUCAAAGAGAUCACGCACCACCUGAAGAAGCUGGAGGGCCGCAGGUUAGACUUUGACUAUAAGAAGAAGCGUCAGGGGAAGAUCCCGGACGAGGAGAUACGGCAAGCUGUGGAGAAAUUUGAGGAGAGCAAAGAGCUGGCCGAGAGGAGCAUGUUCAACUUCCUGGAGAAUGACGUGGAGCAGGUGAGCCAGCUGUCGGCACUGAUCGAGGCGGCAGUAGAGUACCACCGGCAGUCGCGUGAAAUCCUGGAGGAGCUCAGCGGAAAGCUGCAGAAGAGGAUAUCCACAGCCAGCAGCCGGCCCAAGAGAGAAUUCAAACCAAAGUCCAUCAGGAGCAACAAUCAGCACAACGGCCUGACCUACAGCUCCUCGCUCAAAUCCACCGCUGAUCAUAUAACCUCCGUUCCACUGUCAUGGCCCGAGAGCCCCACAACCAAUGGCAAUAUUCACCAGUCGGAGGUGUUGGACCAGCCGUGCUGUCGCGCCCUCUAUGACUUUGAGCCAGAGAACGAGGGCGAGCUGGGCUUCAAGGAGGGGAACAUCAUCAUCCUCACCAACCAGAUAGACGAGAACUGGUAUGAAGGCAUGAUCAACGGCGAGUCCGGCUUUUUCCCCAUCAACUACGUGGAGGUCAUUGUCCCCCUCCCUCAGUGAAGACCGGCACCUGGAGUCUUCUACAGACUCCCUCCUUCCUCAUCACACUCAGCCUCUGCCCUCAGCUCGACUCAGGCCUGAAAAUGCACAGGGCCUGCUCAGCCCGAAGCCGAAACAUUUCUGUCUUCUUAUUUUCAAACCGAGCCAGAGAGGUAGUAGUUUUGUCCCAAGCUGACUUAAGAUCAAAUGUGGCUGAUCACAUUGUUUUCUCUGUUGAUAUUUAUGAACCUGAAGCCAAUGGAAACCCAAGCCGUUAAGUGGUUGGACCUUUUGUGUCCUCUGGGUCUGACCGAGGUGAAAAUGUCUAGCAGUCGUCAAGCUCUGUAAUCCACACCGUCAGUCCUUCAGAUGAUGCUGGUCGAAGUUUAUCAUGUGGUGCUGUUUCUGCCCCCUCAUCACGAAAUGAGGCUCCUUAUCUUUGCUUGAAGUGCACCACUGGACAUCAAAACUACAAGUUAUAUGAUUUUAUUAUUAUAAUCACAUAAGGAACAUAAUACACAAGUUAAUCCCAUUAGCUUGUGUAGUUACCAGCAUCUCAAAUCCCCUCAUAGCGGUGGCUUGAACUUCAGUGGUUCCUCGCACCAUGCUGACCACGUACUACUGUAGCUAGCUUAUAAGUAACCGUGCAGAUAGAUAUGAGAUUUGAGAUAUUUGUCUCAAAGGUUUUUGGCUCCAACCCAAUACAAUCGGGGUGUAUGGAAUUUCAGUUCAGGAUUUAAGUAAGACAAGCUAAGAAAAUAGGAAUUGCUUUAAGUUGGGUGAACUGACCCUUUUAAAAAAGAGAUGAAGACCCGAUGAGUUGAUGGCAAGCCUCUGAAAAUCUCUCAGCCAGUGCGGCCCUUGAAGACUUUCAAGGUCCUGUAUUCCACUGAUUUUGUGUUUUGUAUUGGUAAAUUCUUUUAUGUUCUGUGAUAUUAUCAAACACAAGCCUCGAAUGUUUAUGAUGCCUUACAAGGCCUUCAAGUGAAGUCUUGCCAAAGUUCAAGGAUAAUUCCAGUUUAUUACAGCCUCAUCAGUAAUAAAACAUGUACUCAUCAAGUUAAUUGCGGAGAUUGGGAACAUGUUUGUAUUGCUUAAAAGAAGUCAGACGGGUCAAUAAACACCAACAGUCAGACAAUUAGGCAGGUUGUAAACACUAACCAAUGUUUUCAUAUCAACACAGGGUCAAAUGACUACUUGUAUCUUAGGGAUGCACCGAAUGUUCGGCCACCGAAAGUAAAAAUAGCACUUUCGGUGUUCAGCCUAAUAAGUCAAAAGACCUAAUAAAUUUUACCGAACAAUUAUGUUGACAUGUCGGCAGUGUGGAAGC